AUGAAUCUGUUUAAUUAUCCAAAAAGUGGCACUUCCUCUACACAGGAUCUGCAUUUAAGCCAUGCCAGGUGAGUAUCUCAUUUUUAAUGAAACACUGGAAAUGUAAAGCAACCAGCCAACAUAACAAAUUAUUUGCUUUAGGUCUACAUUCAUUAUUCCACCCGUGUACAACCUUUUGUCAGCGAUACUCCAUGUGGACUGUGCAUUUUUCCUUGUUGGCAUCCACAACCUGAAUUUAAUGUAGUGAGUGCACAACCCAAUUCGCAAGCAAAUUGGCCAACCAUCUCAACAUUUCAAAAUGCAGAACUGGAUUUGAGAGCAACUUUGCCAACAAUCUCAACUCUUGAGAAUUCCAGCGUAGACAUCAGCACUAUGGUCAGUUCAAAGAACUGUUCUUCUAACUGGUCUGAUGCAAAAAUUGGGUUUCUAAAAUGUGUAGGGAGAGACCAUCACCCCAUAAGCAAGCGGCACAAUUCCUCCAAUUGGAAAUCAAUUGUCUGUGAGCUAAAUAAGCUGCUAAGGGAACAGGGCAUUGGGUCCAUUCACACAGGAAACCAAUGCAAGGCAAAGAUACAGAAUUUAGAAGACAAGUACAAGCACAAUAAAGAUCAAGAUAAUAAAAGUGGUUAUGAUCACAAAACCUUCACAUAUUACAAAGAAUUCAACAAAAUUCUGGGUAGCCAUCCCAAAAUCACGCCGAAAUCCAUUAUUGACUGUGGGUUUGAAGACAGGAGCCUCUCAAUGAAUAUCUCCCUGUCAUAUUCUAGUAGAAAGUCUGCCAUUCCACAGAAGGUCAAUCACAUUUAGGUGCAAACUGUCUCCACAGAAGAAUUCUUCAAAACAACAGUGCCCAAAAUCUACAGCGUCUAGUAUGGCCAGGAAUAACGAUAUUGCAUUUUCUGAGUUGCUAUUCUUCAAGCAUAAAUGUGCAAGAAAGACCAAUGAAAAGGAGCCUGCUACCAAACAACCAGCUAUUAGAAGACCAAGAAAAAAGGGAGUCUAACAGUCAAAGCCCCAGCAACACUGAGUAUUUUGUUUUCCUGAAUGAAAGUCAGAAACAUGAUCACAAAUUUUUUGGACAACUGGCUGAGAAGGAGGCUUAA